UAGUUGUGUACUCUAUAAUACGCAGAAGCACGUGGAAGUGUGUCAUCCGAUUAGGAUGAAGAAAUUCACAUGACAUCUGCGUGUACUAAAAUCCAAUCCGAAAUCUAACAAAAUUUCAACAAAUUCAACAACAAUUACAUAUUUUCUCAUUUUCUCAAACCCUCAAACUACAAAUAAAAUACAUGUCGAUCGGAUCGGUGCCACCAAAGCAACGGAAACAACAAGAACACGUCAGGGUCCCACUCCCACCCCUCAUACCACUUCCUCCACCUUCAGAUCAACACUCAUUCCAGUUCGUUUAAAUUCUCUGCGUUUUGCCUACAUUCGAUCCUGUUCAUUACAAGCAUUGCUUUCACAACUUAUAAACCGUGUUGAUUUCUCGAAAUUUUGUAACUGAAGAUGCAAGCUCUAAGCGUCAGUGUCAAUGGUUUCCAUGUCCAAAAUCGUAGCAGUAGGGUUUCGUCGGGUUCGUGUCAAUUCAUGAACAGAAAAAGCACUGUGCGCAUGAUUGGGAACGGGAGAGAUUCUGAUUUUGUCUCGCGACUCGGCUCCGGUCAUAUGCGACGCAUGGAGCUUGGUAGCGCCGGCGCCGGAAGUGUGUUCCGCUCCUCUACAAAGUCCAGAUCAGUCAAAGCUCAAGCUUCCGAUGGAGAUAUUACUCCUCUGAAGAUCCAAUCAAAGUCUUCUGGAUCAGUUUUGCCUUAUGUUGGUAUUGCAAGUCUGGGAGCAAUACUGUUCGGAUAUCAUCUAGGUGUUGUCAAUGGUGCACUUGAGUAUCUUGCCAAGGAUCUUGGUAUUGCUGAAAACACAGUCCUACAAGGAUGGAUUGUUAGCUCAACCCUCGCUGGUGCCACAGUUGGUUCAUUUACAGGAGGAUCUUUAGCUGACCAAUUCGGAAGAACAAAAACUUUUCUACUUGAUGCAAUUCCACUUGCAGUUGGAGCAUUUCUUUGUGCCACAGCUACAAAUGUACAAACUAUGAUCAUAGGCCGCUUGCUUGCUGGCAUUGGAAUCGGCAUAUCAUCUGCUAUUGUCCCUCUCUACAUAUCCGAGAUAUCACCAACCGAAAUCCGUGGCACACUUGGGUCUAUCAACCAGCUAUUCAUUUGCAUUGGAAUCCUUGCAGCUUUGGUAGCUGGACUACCUUUAGCCGGAAACCCUCUAUGGUGGAGAACAAUGUUUGGUAUUGCAGUGAUCCCAUCAGUUCUAUUGGCAAUUGGAAUGGCAUUUUCUCCAGAAUCCCCUCGGUGGCUUGUUCAGCAUGGGAAAAUCUCGGAUGCUGAAAAAGCAAUAAAGACAUUAUACGGUGAGGGGAGGGUCACGGAAGUUAUGGCGGACUUGAGUGCAUCCAAUCAAGGCUCAGAAGAACAGGAUGCUGGUUGGUUUGACCUUUUCAGUUCCCGCUAUUUCAAAGUUGUGAGUGUUGGUGCAGCACUUUUCUUGUUCCAACAAUUGGCGGGAAUAAAUGCGGUCGUGUAUUAUUCCACUUCUGUCUUCCGUACAGCUGGCGUUGCAUCUGACGUGGCAGCAAGUGCUGCUGUUGGAGCUGCGAAUGUUUUUGGCACAAUGAUUGCGUCUUCUUUGAUGGAUAAACAAGGGAGGAAAAGCCUUCUCAUCACAAGCUUUUCUGGAAUGGCUAUUUCCAUGAUGCUGCUCUCAUUAUCCUUCACUUGGAAAGUUUUAGCACCAUAUUCCGGACCACUUGCUGUCAUCGGAACUAUUUUGUAUGUGCUAUCAUUUUCACUUGGUGCUGGACCUGUUCCUGCUCUACUAUUACCAGAGAUAUUUGCCUCCAGAAUUAGAGCAAAAGCAGUUGCCUUAUCACUUGGAAUGCAUUGGAUAUCAAACUUUGUAAUCGGGUUGUAUUUCUUGAGUGUGGUGACUAAAUUUGGGAUAAGCAAAGUGUACCUGGGAUUUGCAUCCAUCUGUGUUCUUGCAGUUAUGUACAUAGCUGCCAAUGUUGUUGAAACAAAGGGGAGAUCUUUGGAAGAUAUUGAACGUGAACUUAGCCCAGCUAUAUAAUAUAUAUAGAUAUAGAUAUAGCUCACUAUAUCUAUAUGCACAUUUUUAGGUUUCAUCUUCAUAUUAAUAAUAAGCUAGUUUCUGCAAUCUGCCCACAUUGUAAAUUUUCUGAUACUAUGGGCACUUUUUUGACACAUUUGACUUUUGGGGUUUCAGUGUUUUUCGAUAUAUCAAAGUAAAAAUUUGAUGAAUGUUGUGAUAUUUGCUUCUAGAUUGUAAGGGUAAAACGUUCAUAUAGAUAUGUAGGGCAGUUUUUUCCACUUAAUACAUUCAGAAGAGAAAACACAUUACACAAUGAUCCUAAGAAUCUUCAUCUCUGGACUACAUGUUGGAUUUCCUUUCCCAUCUUUCUUUGGUGUCAAGCCUACAAUGUAACUUAUGUGG